AUGUCUGGCAAGAUGUAUUCCAAGGAUCAUGGUCCCAAAAUUGAGAAUGCAAACAAUAGUCAGCUGUUGGCUGAGGUGAGCAACGGUAUGAUUGGUACAGAGACCGAGAAACCUAAAAGAGGCAGAAAGAUUCGAGGUUCUGUACAUGUCUUUUCUAAGGGUUCGACUGGGCACCAGGGGAUCCAUACUAAAGGCCCCGGAAGUAAGCGGAAGGCCGGCAGUGACGAUAGCAUUGGCACCAACGGUGACAGAUUAAAGAGGAGAAAGGAAGAAGAAGAAGAAGGUAUUAAGCAUUCUCAUCCUGCAGGACAUCGUCCAGUAACGUCGUGCACUCAUUGCAGACAACACAAGAUUAAAUGCAAUGCAUCAGAACGAUUUCCAAUGCCUUGUUCAAGGUGCGAGCGAAUGGAUUUGAAGUGUGAGAUUGAUCCAGAGUUUCGUCCCAAGAAAGGAUCACAGAUUCAGUCGUUGCGUAAUGAUGUGGACGAUCUUCGGUCUAAGAUUGAGCUUCUUACGAAGAACGAAAGCCUUAUUGCAGAAGCCCUCAGGAACGCAAAUCCUCUUCAAAUUGAACCAACUUCAGCAUCUACGCAGUCAGUUCAGACGUCAUCUAUCGACAGUCGACAAGACAAUUUUCCCCCGGUUAACGUGAAGCCAUCACAGCAACACCAACUGAUUACUCCAGUUAUCACAAAGCCCUUACUUCAGACAGUGGCUUCUUCUAAUGAUAUAACCGAAUUCUGCUUGGGGGACGUGAAAAUUUCACUGGGAAAAGCUAUGGAAUUGCACAAACGAUUCAUUGUUUAUUAUCUGCCCUACUUGCCGAUUAUGGUAUCCAAUGAUCCCGUAGAGCUUUAUCGUCAGUCACAGCUUCUUUUCUGGACUGUGAUGCUCACUGCAUGUCUUUCGGACCCUGAGCCUACGUUGUACAUGUCGCUUGCCUCACUAAUCAAACAACUCGCUAUUGAAACCUGCUGGAUUCGGACUCCAAGAUCUACUCAUAUUGUCCAAUCCUUGCUUAUCCUUGGAAUAUGGCCUUUUCCUAACCAGAAAGUGUUGGAUGAUUGUUCCUACAGAUUUGUUGGAUUGGCCAAGUGCUUAUCUAUGCAGUUGGGUUUACAUAGGGGUAAGUUCAUCCAGGAAUUCUCCAGAACCCAAGUGGAAUUGCAGGAUGCCGAAAAAUGGAGAACCAGAACCUGGUUGGCCGUGUUUUUCUGUGAACAGUUUUGGUCCUCCAAUCUAGGGCUCCCGCCUUCUCUGCACUCAGACUAUCUAUUGGAGAAAGCCAGAUUGGACCAAACUCUACCCAAAAAUUUCCGUUGCUUAAUUAGCUUGGCGAUAUUUCAAUCCAAACUUGUCAAUGUUAUGGGAUUAAGUGUUACAAGCCCGGACGGUUUGAUGGAACCUCGCAAUAGAGCUGGUGCUUUGGCUAUUCUUGAAAGAGAAUUGGAAAGACUCGUAUUCAAAUUGCAAAUUGAUGAUAACGUUGUAGAGAUUUAUUAUCUCUAUGUGAAGUUAAUGAUAUGUUUGUUUGCAUUCUUACCGGAGACGCCCAGUGAGGAUCAGACUAAGUUCGUCACCGAAGCAUACAUUGCUGCUACAAGAGUUGUGACUUUGAUGUCCAAAUUACUUGAGACCCGACAACUUACAGAGUAUCCAAUUUACGUUCGUCACUCGGUGACCACAGCGGCAUUCGUUCUUUUCCGUCUUCAUUUGACCCCUUAUUUAUUACCAAAGUAUAUUGAUUCGGCUAGACAAUCUGUGGUUACCGUGCAUCGCUUGUUCAGAAACAUGCUUGCCGCUUGGAAGAAUGUUCAGAAUGAUAUCAGUAGAACAGCCACAGUACUCGAGAAGUUGAACUUUGCUAUCAUUACGCAUCCCGAGUUGUUUAUUUGUCGGGAAGGAAUUAUAGUACGAAUGCGGUCACAUUUGACCGGAUCGUUGUUCUACGAUCUCGUUUGGAAUAUCCACGAGGCCCGGAGACGGUUUAUUAUUGACUCACAGAAUAAGAAGGAGGGUAAGAACCACGAAUCUGAAGAGAAUAAGGCUGCAAAGAAGAAAGUUCCACCUCUUCCAUUUUAUAACCAAAUCACUCAAGACGAUUUCAAAACAAUGACUACCACUACACCCGAUGGAACCACUGUGACGACAUUGGUUCCUACUGACCAGGCCAUUAUCAAUGCCAAGGCAUCCGCCAAUGCUGCCGGACUAUCGAAACCUAACCAGAUCAAUGGUAUUCCGCUUGCCAUGCUUGGGGCUACAGGUUCUUUGAAGGUGUAUGGAUCUGGUGGCCAAUCUGCACAUGUUCAGCCCAAAGCCCAUAGGAAGUCUAGACGUGUCAAUGGUGGUUCCCACAAGCAGUUGAAAACCGGAAAAAGAAAGUCCGAUCCUGAUCAGCCUACAACAGAGAUGGCAUAUUCAGGUGUUGCUCCAGCAAUGAAUAUUCCUGGAACGGGGACCUCCAUGGCUGCGGCUGUUAAUGGAAUGGUUCCCCCACCUUUGUUUCCUGGCAGUUCUAGAUAUACAGGUAAUGGCAUUGGAACAGUUGGUAGUUCGAGUUCAUCCAAUACCCCUACCAACAGCUACUCAAGGGGACGCACACCACCAGAGCAAGACCUCUUCAACAACGACAUGUUCAUCGACUCAGUCUUCCAGCAACAAGGUGGAGACAACUGGACUGAAAAUGGAGACGACUUUUUAGGUUGGUUUGAUAUGAACAUGGCACCAGAGUUUUAA